AUGUGCGGCAUCCACGCCACCCUCUCCCCCACCACCUCACCCCCCAACCCCAACCUCCCCCCAGACCUGCGCCGCUGCCUGCGCGCGCGCGGGCCAGACCACUUCGGCCAGGUCGACCGCCGCCGCCGUGUGCAGCAGCGCGCGGGCGCCGGCGGGACGGCCACUGACUGGUCGCUGCGCUUCACGUCCACCGUGCUGGCGCUGCGCGGCGACCGGGUCGCGCCCCAGCCGAUUACGGAUGGGUCUUCUGGUGCCAUGGAGGGGUCGGUGCUGUGUUGGAAUGGGGAGGCGUGGAGGGUUGGUGGUGGUGAUGGUGGUGGUGGUGGUGGGGAGCGGGUGGUGGGGAAUGAUGGGGAGGUGGUGUUUGCGAGGCUCGUUGCCGCCGCUGGGGCUGGUGGUGGUGGUGGUGGGGUGAAUGCGGUGCUGGAUGUUCUCCGCGGCAUUGAGGGGCCGUUCGCGUUUGUGUAUUAUGAUGCUGCUGCGGGGAGAGUGUUCUUCGGUCGGGACCGGUUGGGGAGACGGUCGCUUUUGAUGGCACCGACGGGUCAUGGCGGGUUGGCGCUGUGCAGUGUCGCCGGCAAGGCUGAAGAGGGGUGGCGAGAGGUCGAGGCUGAUGGGAUUUAUGUGGUGACGGUGGGCGAAGAGGCAAGCCCGGAACGAUACGACUGGGCUGUUGGAGAGGACGCCGCUGAUUUCGUUUCCGGCAUUGGCAUGUUCAAUCGGGCGCUGCCGACUAGCUGCUUUCAGUUGACGCCCGAUUCACCCUCGGUGGUGACCCUCAAGGAGCAACUGCUCGAGUCGUUGAGGCUGAGGGUUCUCAAUAUUCCGCUACCACCAUUAUCGAGUACUGACGGCACAACUCGAGUUGCCGUCUUGUUCUCCGGGGGCCUUGACUGUACCGUAUUGGCCAGGCUGUGCCACGACAUACUCGAUGCGGAUCAAGCCAUUGACUUACUCAAUGUCGCCUUCGAGAACCCUCGGGUGGUUGCUCAGCUCCAGAAGGAGAAUAGCGACCUCUCCGACUUUUACGAGGCUUGCCCGGACAGAAUCACCGGAAGGCGAUCGUUUGCAGAGUUGCAAAAGGUCUGUCCUGGGCGAGCCUUCCACUUCGUGGCUGUAAACGUUCCCUACACUGAAACACAGGCACACCGCCAGCAAGUCAUUUCCCUGAUCCGUCCUCACAAUACUGAGAUGGACCUUUCCAUUGCAUACGCACUCUACUUUGCUUCUCGUGGCCAAGGUUUCUCCAACGAAACCCCCGGGUCCCCUCCGAUUCCAUAUCGGUCUCCUGCCCGAGUCCUCCUGUCCGGCCUAGGUGCCGACGAGCUCUUUGGCGGGUACUCUCGCCAUCCCUCCGCGUUCCAACAGCGGGGCUACCCCGGGUUGAUUGAUGAGCUACUGCUUGACGUUGGGCGGCUCGGCAAGCGCAACCUAGGCCGGGACGAUCGGGUGUUGGCCCACUGGGGUAAGGAGGUGAGGUUUCCGUUUCUAGAUGAGCGCUUAGUGAGUUCGGCCAUCGGGACCCCAGCUUGGGAGAAGUGCGAUUUCGAGAAUGGUGAAGAUGUCAGCGGUGUUGAAGCCGGCAAGAGAGUACUCCGCCUGCUGGCACUGGAGCUGGGCAUGGGAACGGUGGCAAUGGAGAAGAAGCGCGCUAUCCAGUUCGGCGCUAGGACAGCCAAGAUGGAAAGUGGCAAAGUCAAAGGCACCACGCUGAUAUCAUAA